AUGUCAGAAGAACGUGACAAUACGAAAACGGAAGGCAAUGACAGGCACUGUAAAAGGUGCGACCGUGCCGAUGCGGAUGACGAUAUGGUGUGUUGCGAUAUGUGCGAGUCGUGGAUCCAUUUCCAGUGCGCCGGUGUCAGCGAAUCCAUUGCUGAACCGGAUAGAAGUUUUAAGUGUAGCAAUUGUCUGGCAGACUGGGAUGGUGCGUCGAAGUCGGGUGUGUCAUUCAACGAGUCGUCCGUCAGCAAGAGCAGUCGAGCGUCGCAGAGGUUGCAUCUCAGUUUACAACUUCUAGAAGAGCAACGGAAGCUGAAAAAGAUGCGUGCGGAAGAAGAAAUUAAAACCAGGAAAAUGGAAGAAGCAGCCAAAUUGAAGGAAAUCGAAGAGGAACAGGAAUACUUGAAGCAGAGAUACGAUUUACUGUUGCAAAUCGGCGAUGAAAAUGAUUCGGCAAGUAGGAAAAGCGGAGUCAGUGUCAAAAAGAAGCGCGAACAGAUGGAGAACUGGCUUAAUAAGGGAGCACAAGUAGACGAGGUUGGUAAGUUGAAACCAACAGCGUCUGAACAGAAAGCUACCCUGUCAGUACCGGCUGUUAGCAAACAGGAUCGCGUAGUAGUAGUACCAACAACAACAAUCUCUGUUUCGAACAAGCUUGCUUCCUUGAAUUCGGAUAAGCUUCAUCCUGAUCCGACUAUUUCAGUUCCUGGUGGGAGUGUCAGUGCUUUGACUAAAUCUUUCGAGUCGUUGGUCGUAUCGAUGCCAGAAAAAGCGACCUCUACAGUUCCAGGAAUAACAGGGGAUGCAGUAGGUGAAAGUGUAGUCACGUCGGUCUUCCACGCGCCGACGAGUGCUGCAUCGACAAUCGGGCCCAUGUUGACAGUUCCUAAAGUGACUCUUGCAGGAGUUCGAAAUUCUCUGGUUUGUCCUGGUACAGCACCGGUUUACUCGUACCCAGGAACGACCGUCACACUGUCGAGUGUAGCCGAGAGGGUUCCGGCGAUGCCGUAUGUUUCUAGUAGUUUUUAUGGAAACCAGGAACAGUAUCUGACUACAGUCGCGUACAGUUCGUCACAGUUGCCAACUUCGAUUAAUACUGAUCCACUAUAUAUCGUUCCAAAGAAUCCUCUUGUCUCUUCUGCUGGCCAGUGGCAGUAUGACGGUGUCGUACCACGGAAUCCAAUCUUAAUACCAAACUCCAGAAUUUCAAAUAAUGUAAAUAUACACACUGAGUAUCCGAAUCCGCUUCCACCGACAAGUGUUCCGUAUCCCGGGCUGAGGCCGGAAAUCGUACCCUCGAUAGUACCACCAUCUUUAGGAUUCCACGGGAAUGGGAACAGUCUUUCGGCCAGUGUAGGGCCAAAUAGUGCGCAAUUAGCAGCUCGACAAGUAAUGCCACGCGAAUUGCCGAGGUUUAGCGGGGAUCCUCAGGAUUGGCCUAUGUUCCACAGUUCUUUCAAAAACACGACGGAGGUCUGCGGAUAUUCCGACGCUGAAAAUCUAGCCAGAUUACAGCGUAGUUUGGGAGGGGCAGCACUGGAAGCAGUUAGAAGUCGCUUACUUCUGCCAGCAUCUGUACCCUACGUGAUGGAAACGCUACAUAAGCUGUAUGGUAGACCAGAGAUUUUAAUAAGUUCUCUUCUGAAGAAGGUGAGAAAUGUUCCGCCGCCAAAGUCGGAUAACCUGAGCUCGAUCGUUGCCUACGGAUUGGCAAUUCAAAAUCUUGUCGAUCAUAUCAUUCUGUCUGAUCAGCAAGCACAUUUGUGGAAUCCAAUGUUGCUCCAGGAGUUGAUCGAUAAAUUACCCACCUCACUGAAGAUGCAAUGGGGUACAUUCAAGCAAGCGUUUGCGAACGUCAACUUGGCGACAUUCAAUAGUUUCAUGUCGGGAUUAGUAAAUCUGGCUUCCGAGUUGAGUAUCGAUGUGAGUUCUGUCCAGAACUACCACCAGCCACAGAGAGCGGAGAAGUCAAAGCCGAAGGAGAAGCUUUUCACUCAUGCGAACGAACCACCAAGCGUAUCGAAGGAGUUUGCGAUAAAAGGACAUACGUCAAAAGCGUGCUCCUAUUGUGAGGAAGACAGUCAUCUGAUCCUAAACUGUCCUCGCUUUAAAUCAUUGGACAUCGGAGGCCGAUGGAAGGUGAUGCGGCAGAAAAACCUAUGUCGACUGUGUUUAAUCCCGCAUAGUAAAUGGCCGUGUCGUUCAAAAAAGGAAUGCGGGGUAAACGGGUGUCGCGUUCGACAUCAUAUGCUGCUGCAUAGUAAUCGUAACGAUACUUCCGACGGUUCAAGGUCUGGAGAGAUUGUUCACCAAAAUCACCAUUCUACGAAAUCAUUUUCACUGUUCCGCUACCUGCCAGUAACACUGUACGGAGACGGGAAACAAGUAGAAACAUUCGUAUUCUUGGACGAUGGGUCGUCAUGUACACUACUCGAGGAAGGAAUCGCAGCACAGUUGGGCAUAGAAGGCCUUCCUGUGGCCAGUUACACCGAUGCAAAGCCCGGCAUGAUCAUCGGACUUGAACAUGUACGGUUGUUAACAAGUUUGAAGACCCGUGAAGGCAGCAGCAACGAACCAGUAGCAGCUAAGACUCGGCUUGGUUGGUGCGUGUACGGGAGAAAUAACGGAACUGAAGGUUCAAUUGAACAAGUGCACGUCCAUACUUGCGGAGAGAUAACGAAUAGCGACCUACACGAUUCAAUGCGAAAGUUCUUCGCAGUUGAAGAUGCUGCUUCCGUGCAGCAGUUGGAAUCCGAGGAGGACAAGCGAGCACGCAGUAUUCUUGAGGCAACUACGGUACGAAAGGGAAGUCGAAUGGAGACGGGUUUGCUUUGGCGAAAAGAAGACGUGAACUUCCCGGAUAGCUACCAAAUGGCGAUCAGCCGUUUGAAAGGUUUGGAGAAACGACUGGCGAAAGAUCCCGAGCUGCGUAAGAAAGUCAACGAGCAAAUUGAGAGCUACGAACAGAAGCAGUACGUCUGCAAAGUAUCAUCGGCAGAGAUGGCGAACGCAAACCCUCGGCGAGUGUGGUACCUCCCGUUGGGGGUGGUGACGAAUCCCAAGAAACCAAACAAAAUCCGACUGGUGUGGGAUGCGGCCGCGAAGGCUUGUGGAGUUGCUUUCAACGACAUGCUUCUCAAGGGCCCGGAUCUACUCGUAUCGCUAGUGAACGUCUUGUUGCGAUUCAGGGAAGGCAAGAUAGCAGUAUGCUCCGAUAUCCGAGAGAUGUUCCUGAGAAUUCUUAUCCGGGAGGAAGACAAGUGGUCACAGUGCUUUGUAUGGCGUAGCUGUCCGUCGGAUGAAGUUCAGAUAUACACAAUCAACGUCGCUAUGUUCGGGGCAACCAGUUCCCCGUGCACGGCUCAGUUCGUGAAGAACAAAAAUGCUCUCGAAUACGCGCAAUCAUACCCCAGAGCGGUAAACGCAAUCAUCUACAACCAUUACGUGGAUGAUUUCCUUGACAGUGUCAACUCGGUAGAAGAAGCAGUACAGCUUGUCAAACAAGUGCAGUUUAUCCACGCAGCAGCGGGGUUCGAAUUCGGCAAAAUUAUGUCCAACUCGCAGGAGGUUCUCGAUCGUCUUGGGGAAACUAGUUCGCCGGACAGUAAGUCACUAGUAUUGGACAACGAUCACACGUAUGAGCGCGUCUUAGGUGUAGUGUGGGUACCAUUAGCGGAUCACUUCACCUUCGACCGAUAUGGGGUCGUAGACGUUUUGGGCAGUGGCCAAACAGUUCCAACGAAGAGACAGGUGCUACGAAUCGUGAUGAAGCUAUACGACCCUUUGGGAUUUGUGGCGCAUUUCGUAGUACAGGGAAAAAUCUUAAUGCAAGAGAUUUGGAGAACGGGAACAAAUUGGGACGAGCCCAUAUCAGAGCAACUGUAUGAUCUGUGGAGUAGGUGGAUCGAGCUGUACGAGACGAUUGAUGAAGUGCAAGUACCGCGUUGCUUCUUCGAGAAUUCUACAACGCCAGAGGUGGACGAAAUUGAGAUUCACGUGUUCACGGAUGCUAGCGUAGCGGCAUGCGCGUGUGUAGUGUAUCUGAGGAUGGCACACAGCGGCGGUAGUUGGUGUUCGCUAGUAGCAGCAAAAACUAAAGUCGCACCGCUUCGUGCGCUCUCCAUCCCGCGCUUGGAGCUACAAGCUGCUAUGAUGGGAGCACGAUUGCUGCACAACAUUUGCUCGGCACUCACUCUCAACAUACAUAAACGCUACCUGUGGACGGACUCCAGUACAGUUCUGGCGUGGCUUCGCUCGGACAGUCGCCGAUAUCACCAGUUCGUCUCGUUCCGAGUCGGAGAAAUUCUUUCACUCACCAGCGUAGAUGAGUGGUACCACGUACCUUCGAAGCUAAACGUAGCGGAUGAUGCCACCAAGUGGAAUUCAGGACCAUCGUUUGAUCCGAAUAGUCGCUGGUUUCAAGGCGGGUUCCUACGAAAUGCGAAAGACCAGUGGCCAAAGCAAUCGAACAAGGUAGAUGAAGUAGAUGCGUCAAUCGAAGAAAUACAAAUGGUAGCUCUACAUCUGACGUCGGAGGAGAUCAUAGACAUCGAACGCUUUUCAAAUUGGAAUCGUUUAGUUCGAACGAUGGCCUACGUUCAUCGGGCGAUAAGAAGUUGGAAGCAGAUUGGGAAUGAUAAACACCGAAGACAAAAUCCAAAUCAAGAGGAUUUCGUGAAAGCAGAAGAAACCCUUUGGCGUCAGGCUCAAUCGCAGGCAUACAGCGAAGAGAUUCGUCAACUAAACAUCGAUGGCAGUGUUGACAAACGGAGUUCACUGCGUUCGCUGCUCCCAUUUUCCGACGAGCACGGAGUCAUGCGGGUACGAGGUCGGAUUGGAAACGCGCCGCAUAUUCCGUACGCGGCAAAGUAUCCCGUAGUAUUGCCGAGGGAACAUCGCAUAACUUUUCUUCUGGUGAAUUACUACCACCAACGGUUCCUUCACGCCAACGGAGAAACUGUGUACAACGAACUACGCCAGAAGUUUUACAUUCCUAAGCUUCGAAUGCUCAUACGUAAAGUUGGCAGGAGUUGUCAGUACUGUAAGGUACAGAAAGCUGUUCCAGUGCCGCCGCAGAUGGCGCCACUUCCGAAGGAACGCCUAACCCCAUUCGUCCGGCCGUUCACGUACGUUGGCGUCGACAACAUGGGGCCCUUCGAAGUCAAAGUCGGCCGCAGUCUGGUGAAAAGAUGGAUCUGCUUGUUUACCUGUCUUACGGUACGGGCGGUUCAUCUGGAGCUAGCACAGAGUCUUUCAACAUCGUCCUGCGUGAUGGCCUUUAGGAGAUUCGUGGCCCGACGGGGUGCGCCGCUGGAGGUUUUCUCCGAUAAUGGCACUAACUUUAUCGGAGCCAAUCGCCAGCUGUCGGAAGAAAAACAGAAACUUCAAGAGAUCGUCGUAGACUGCGCCAACACAUUCACCAACGCACACACUCAGUGGCACUUCAACGUUCCUGCAGCCCCGCACAUGGGGGGACCCUGGGAGCGCAUGGUCAAGUCAGUGAAAGUCGCAAUGAAAGCUGUUUCUGACAGUCCCCGUCAUCCUAGCGACGAAGUAUUAGAAACGAUCAUGCUGGAGGCCGAAGGUAUUGUGAAUUCGCGACCGUUAACCUAUGUUCCCCUGGAAGCUGCAGAUCAGGAGGCACUCACACCAAACCACUUCCUGUUACAUGGCUCGAACGGAAUCAAGCAACCAGCAAGCGAACCUGCGAUCACAGGAAACGUUCUUCGGGACAGCUGGAAGCUGGCCCAGCACAUUGGAAAUGAAUUCUGGCGAAGGUGGAUCCGGGAAUAUCUCCCAAUGUUGACACGGCGGGCGAAAUGGUUCGAUACAGUGAAGCCCCUGGAACCUGGCGAUCUUGUCGUCAUAGUCGACGAGCAUGCGAGGAACCGCUGGGAACGAGGACGCAUCCUGGAAACCUUCCCGGAUAAGUCCGGACAGGUGAGACGCGCAACAGUACAGACUAAUAGAGGUGUGUUCGAGAGACCUGCUGUAAAGCUCGCUGUUCUGGACGUCGUAAGCUGCAACCAGAAAUCGGAGGAAGCCGCUGCGGGACCGGCAAUGGUUCACGGGUCGGGGGAUGUCGCCGAUACCCCUUGUUGCGGCGCGCCACUGGUGAACCAAAUGUCCUAUCCCUCGCUAUCCUAA